AUGAAUACGACUGUCAGUUUGCUUCUCGCUUUGUUCGCAUUACUUCUAGCUGUCUCUGUUACAGCCACGGAAUCCGAAGAUGCCUUCCCAACGCCUAUGCCGUUAGAAUCAUUCAUGCCUCGUGUCAAAAGACAAUUUAUAUAUGGUGGAUAUCCCGGUGGUUAUGGAGGAUAUGGAGGUUACCCCUAUGGAUAUGGCGGAUAUGGAGUUGGUUAUCCAUAUGGAGGAUACUGGGGAUAA